CUAUUAUCCAUUUCGCACAACUUCUCGACACUCAAAUCACCCCAAAAUCCAACGCCUUUAUAAUGUCUACAAACAACAUCGCUUUCACAGCCCCUAUAAACCCUGCCGGAGCUGGACCGGCUCUCAAACGAGAGCAAGUAUGGGCCGCUUUGCGUCUAAAAAUUCGUUCUGCCGAGACCUUUGUCCCGCAGGCCAUCGAAUCCACAACCGUCAUUUCUGAGUCAACGGACCCAAAUGGAAACCCAGUCACCGUCCGCGACAUCGUUUUCACAGCAGACAAGCGCAAAGUCAGAGAGACAGUCACAGCAUACGAGCCUUCUAGAGUGCAGUUUAUCCAGCCAGACGGGAGCUCUGUUAAUAACAUCGUCAGCGAGGGAGCAGACGGGGAGCUCUUCAUGACUUACACCUUUGAAUGGAGGCACCCGGACGCGUCUAAGGAAGAACUGGCGGCAUUAUUGGAGAGAGAGAAGGCGAUGAGCAAAGUAGCUGUUGAGGGAACUAUUACUGCUUUGCACCAGUUGGCCAAGGAGGGGAAGAUAUGAGAGCUGUAGUUAUUUUACAAAUAGAUAAUGUAAUCAAAUAACUCGGCCAGAAAUGGCAA